CUGUAGUUUCCCAUCUCUCGAGCCGCCCCUCGUCUUUUCAGACAGACCUUGUUCACUCUCCAUGUUUGCAGAACGUCUCUAUCCCACUUUCAUCAUGGAAAAUAGCAAGCUGCUUGGGCGCAACUCCUCCUCGGACGCUGACACGGAUUCUUCUGGAUUUACUGACACUAUGGAGCGGAACUCUGCUCACAAGACCGCCAUGUCACGUUGUGAGAUUUUUCGUUGCUGUCUUGAGGUUGUUCUCAUCCUUUGUCUUCUCGAGACGACCGCUGCUGUUCUCAGACAGGACUACAAGGCAGAUGGUACGAAGAUUUGGCCAGCGGGAAGCGACUACAACCACUUUGUCCCACAUGAUGUGAGCUCGAGGGGCAUUCCCAAGCCUUCGGGUCCUGAUCAGUACGAGGUCACCGCCCAUGCAUUCCACGACCAGAGCGUCCUGAACGAGACUCUUGAUUCUUGGCAGAGCCUCUCCCAUGCCUUUGUCCGAGCCUCUCCAUACAAUGGCAGCGGGCCUCAGAAGCUGUUUUCAGGGGACUUGUUCGAGAUCGCCGCUUUCCAUCAGAUUCACUGUCUAACAUCCAUCCUGGAGGAUUUUGGUCUCUUGGCUGUCGGUGUUCCCAAGGAGAAGCUGCCUGGUUAUCACAGCGGGGUCACGCUCACGUGGGAGGAGCACAAGGCGCACUGCUUCAACUACGUCCGGCAGGCUCUCAUGUGCUUUGCUGACUCCACCGCCGAAGGCCACAUUGAAGGUGACACGCACCGGGUGGCUGACCAUGGGGUAAUGCAUGUUUGCAAUGAUUUUGAUGCCCUGCUGGCGUGGUCAAAGGAGCCUGAGCGGGCAUUGCCCAAGAGUUGGAGGGUGACAGACUGA